AUGUCCUCAAGCCAGACGCCGCCGGCCCAGCCGAUCGACCCCGAGUGGGCCAGGGAGAGCAACACGGCCAUGAUCGUCGGGGUCACGGGCGGGUUCCACGCGCUCGCCCUGCUGUUCGUCGGCCUCCGCGUCUAUACCCGCAUGGCCAUCGUCAAGGUCAUGGGACGCGAUGACAUUGUCGUCGUCGCCUCCGUGCUCUGCGCCGUGGCCGGCAUGACCAUCUUCUCCGUCCAGGCCUUCUACGGCCUCGGCAAGCACUCCCUCAUAAUCCCCGAGGAGGACAUGGUCGUCAUGCGCCGGUCCAGCUUCUUCCAGUCCAUCAUAUCCUCCAUCGCCGGCCUGGCCCUGCUCAAGGUGUCCAUCGGCCUCUCCCUGCUCCGCCUCAGCCGGAGCACCUGGUACUCGCGGUCCCUGUGGGCGCUGAUAGCGUUCGUCUCGGCCUACAGCUUCAUGGCGUGGAUGACCUUCUUCUUCUUCUGCCAGCCCCUGGAGGGCUACUGGGACAAGAGCCUGAAGCCCAAGUGCUACCCCAUCACCCUCUUCAUCAAGUUCGGCCUGAUCAACACGGCCUUCAACAUCUUCACCGACGUCUGCUUCGCGACGCUGCCCGUGAGCAUCAUCUGGACGCUGCAGAUGAAGCUGAGGACCCGGAUCUACCUGAUCAUCGUCCUGAGCCUGGGGUACUUCGCGGUGGCCAUGGGCAUCAUCAAGUCUGUGUAUCAAAUCGCCUACGGGAAGGAUACGGACAAGACAUUCUACCAAAGCAUCCAGUUCUGGGAAUUCCUGCAGCUCAACCUCGGCAUCAUCGCCGCGUGCGCCCCCUCGCUGAAGCCGCUCGUCGGGCACGCCCUCAAGAUCUCGUCGGGCGACCGGUACCACGGCGAGCUGUACGAGAACCGGCGGCCGCGCGGGACCCGGACGACGACCAACACGUCGAAGCGGCGGCAGGGGUACAGGGUGCACGACAGCCGCGGGGAGUUCGAGAUGCACGACCGCCCCUUUGCCGGGUCGCCCGACGUGCGCCGCACGACCGUCGUCGACGACGCCUACGCCUACGAGAAGGACGGGAGCCGGGGGUCCGGGAGCGAGGACAUGAUCCUCAAGGACGACGGCGGGCGCGGCAUCAUGCGGACCACGGAGAUUUCGAUACAGCGGUGA